AUGGGUUGUUGGCAAUCCGACAUCCAUUACAGAGACAACUUUACCACCAGCGCCGAAAACAUCAACAUCAAGCACGACGUCAACGACUUCAUCCACGUCAACCACUUCGACUUCAACCACUUCGACUUCAACCACAUCAACCUCGACCACUUCGACGUCCACAUCGUCAACUUCAACUUCGUCUUCAACCUCGUCGACUACUGCCUCAACCUCCACCUCAACUGGCUCAACAACAACUACCAGCUCAUCCACAACCACGAGUACUGCAACCGCAACAAGGCUAAAGCAAGACGCAUUGCGGCUCGAGAACUUCUUCUAUCUUCCACAACAACCGCCGCAUCUUCUCCACCCACGACUGCAAAGGGAAUCUCAACCCCAGAUCUCAAAAUGGACCGUUCUUCAAUGAUGUUCACAAACAAUCCAUCAACGGAAUAUUUUCCGUCGGCCCAAAGCAUCCCGCUUGUCUCAAAUCAUCACAGCCAUACCCCCUCCACCAGCUCACAGGCCACAACAGAGCAAGGCUCCUCUAGGGAGAAUAUGACAAGAGCGAAUACCGAUGACCAGACGGCAAGAUUUGUCUGA